CAAAGGCCUUUAGUUUGGCCAAGGGUCUCCUUUAGCAUCAACCCGCCCACUCUUCCUCCACAUUCGAGACACCAUAUGCAUCGUCCCUUUCUUGAAAGUCGACAGCUGAUCCUCUUUCUAUCCUUUCACGUCACAGGUGUUUUAGUGUCGUGUUUCGAUUCUUGAAUCUGAUUCUCUUCCACUGCCAUCGAAUCUCAAAUCUAUUCUUUGAAUUUAGAUCUUCAUUGCACGAUCGACCGAGAAGUGGCUCAUACUCUCCAUUUCUCUCACAUCUUUAGCAACUAAUUGGACACCAAUUUACUUCCUAAUCAACUCAGCCAGACGAAGAUAAAAACAUUGCGACUAUCGUUCUCCACGAUUUUGCCACUAGGGAAGAAAGGAAAGGCCUCUCUGGACAGUACGACAGCCUUUAUGCGAUCAACAAGUGCAAUCGCACCGAUAUUUGGCAUCCUCAAUCCACUUCACCAACCCCAGGGACACCGGUCGCAGAACGGGCCUGGGGUACGAAUGUAAAAGGUCUCACAUAAAGCACCGCCAGUGAAACCACCGCGACAACGCACACGAUUAACCCUCAUACGUCAUUUGUUGAAGGCGCUUUCAGGCAUUUGAAGAGAAACCGCGGCGACGACUCAAUUACAUUUAAAGGCGGCACAUAAUAAGCUCGAAUCCGGUUCCCCCCAAAGCCCCGAGCAGCACAUCAGCUCACACCGCCAUCAUGGCGAUCCCACGAGAAUCCAUGUUCCUCCCGACUAUCAAAUGCUCGUCCUGUAAUCGGGAGGUGGAAAUUUCUAUGAUGGGGGACCAUGUUUGUGCACCAGCAGCGCCUGAACUUUCCCCUCCACCAGAACGAUAUGAGGCGUAUACACCAUAUAGCCCAGCGUCUCCAGCGUCUCCUGAGAAACCAGGGCGCAUACCUUCAUCAUUAGAUGUCAAUGCAGCCAACCACUCUUUUCUGCGCCAGGGACAACUGACACCAAACAGUGAGCCGCGCAGCACAUCACCAAUUAACGAAAUGGAAUGUUUCUUUGAUGAUGUCCCGACACCACAUGAGGAUGAUUUGAUUCUACCAUCGCCGCGCCCAGUCGAUCGUCCUGGUGCUUAUGGAGGCUUUGGUGAGAAGAAGCAUGGGCCGGACUUCCAGCCUCGUUCUAUCAGCCCCAACGGAGGAGUUAACACGACUUUGUUCAAGAGAAUGGAUACCAUCGCCCCAGGACCAUUUGAUACUAUUCGCAGUCCCUCGGCGCUGUCGCCGUCUUUUCCCAAAGAAAUCACUGAAGGCGGCGAUAAGUCAGAUGACUUCCUAAGUGCAUCGCCAAAGGAUUACUUUAAUUCACGCAGAUCUGCAUCACCCACAGAUAACAGCAGCAGUAUUCCCUCCGCCCCCCCUCAAAGACCGACAAGAGAUGAUUACGAAGGGUUUGGUCGUCCUUCGACAGCUGAAGCGAGACUUCAGCCUCAGCCCUUGGGAAUGAUGAACCGCUCCGACACAUUUCCCAAGCUGGGUGUCCGAUCGGAACCCCCCUUACGAACUCCUUCUGCACCGGGUACCAAGCCUGAGCGCAAGGCAGCUGGUGGCCUUGGCCAUGCAUCCAAGCCAUCCAUGGGACCUGAUACUUCGCGAGCCCCGCCGCCGCGCAAGAGUCUCCUGCACCCCUCAAAAACUAGCAAAUAUUCAGGGUCCGUCGAUCUCGCUGCCGAAUUCGGUGUGAACAACCCCUAUCACACACCGUCAGACUCGACAUCUUCUGGAUUUUCCACUUUCAGCCACCAGAGUUACGGCAGUUCUCAAACUAGUCAGUCAAAAUCUCUACCCAGACGUGAUCCAUCCGAUCUCUCGGCUAUGGACGGCCUGAUGGAGGACCUCGAGAGCUCAAUGGAGGCUUUGGGGACCAAGGAUCAUCGAGCUGGAACCCCUUUGCGGGCCCCUUCACGCACAAGAUCGCCUCUUGCAGAGUCGCCCCUCGAACUAUCCCCCAGAGGUGAACGGCCCAGCUCUGCCACUAAAGAUGAACGCCGAAUCGAAAUGCCUCUUCAGCGAAGCGAUUCACAACCGAGACCGCUUUACGCAACUUCGCCUCAGGAUCACCUUCAAUACGACAAGGCCCCAGAAUUAAUUCGUGCGCAUACACUUCCUCCGCCUACUGCGCCUCCCGUUCGAAAGGGAUCCCAGGAUCCCGUGCGAUCCCGAGGAAAUUGCAAAGCUUGCGGCCUAGCCAUCACAGGUAAAAGCAUCUCAUCUGCAGAUGGAAGAUUGACUGGCAAGUACCACAAGGCUUGCUUCGUCUGCACAACAUGCUCCGAGCCAUUUACAUCCGCUGAGUUCUAUGUUCUCAACGACAAACCAUAUUGCGAGCACCAUUAUCACAAACUCAAUGGCAGUCUCUGUGGAAGCUGUGAGAAGGGGAUUGAAGGGCAAUACCUGGAAGAUGAAUUUUCCAUUAAAUAUCAUAUCGGAUGUUUCCGGUGUCUUGACUGUGGACGAUCUCUUUCUGAUGGUUACUUUGAGGUUGACGGCAAAUCAUACUGCGAAAGAGAUGCCUGGCGUCGAGUACAACAGCCCUACCCUCCUAUGAAGGUGCCUCCGGGGCGAUCACCGUCCGGCUCACGACCUCCCAUGAUGGGUCUUCCGGGCCAUCCAGCCCAGCGGAUGGGACCAGGCAUGGGCACAGGUCCAGGUAUGGGACUUCCACGACCUCCAUAUGGCAUGCCGCCCCCCGGGAACCGCCUUGCACCCGGUCUCCCUGGACCUUCUGGUCCUCGACCACAAAUGAACAAGCGCAAUACGCGACUUGGCAUGAUGUAACGACCUGACUAAAACUCGACCCUGAGCGAUGAUAUAUGGACCAUUACCUUAUUUGUAAUAUCACUUGUGCGCACAGAACGCAACAUACUGUUAUUUGAUUGUUAAGAUGCCGGGAGUUGGCUAGCAUUCUUUACUGUUAUUAUACCCCCUUGUUUUAGAACACCCUGCACUCUGUACAACAUCAUACAGCCUUCCCCCCCUUUCUUCUCGAAGACAACGACGUCGGCACUGGUGGGAUUAUGUCUCCUGUUCUUGGUGCCAUUCAGGGAAAAGUCUGGAGGAUGGACGGGGUUUUGGAGAUGGAGCAUUACAGGCUUCAGCAUCGUAGCAUCAUAGUGAUUCUCAAUAGGAGCUCACUCAUAAUUGAAACACAUUCAAAAGUUCAU